AACCUCACAAAAGAGGGCUUUCGGUUCGCAAGGGUAAAAAGGGUCGGGAGUAUGCCACUAUGAGGAUACUUCUCAUCAAGACUGUAGAUGAAGUCUUUAAAUCUGCUGCACAGCCACUUCGGGAGGCCACUGAUCUCAGAGAGAACAUGCAGAAUGCCAUCGUGCCGUUUAAAGAGCUCUGCGGUCUGUCUGCAGUGGCCAACCUGAAGCAGUGUAUACUAGCUCUGUCCCCACGCCUCAUCGGGCCGGACAGCAGCCCGCUUCUGCUGUUUAACCUCAGAGAUCAGUACCCCACCAUGGAGGCCCAGGGCCUGCUGCCUGAAGUCCUGAAGAAAGUGGUCACCGCUUAUGAGAUUAUGAUCCAGACCAGCCGAACGCUGCUGGAGAGCUCAGACGGCGUGUACGAGCGAAUGCUGCAAGUCCAGAAAUCAGCGAUGGAGUUCCAUGAGAAACUACACGACAUGGCGGUGAAGGAGGGACUGAAGGGAAGAAAACUCCACAAAUCUGUAGAGAGCUUCACCUGGAACAUCACCAUUCUGAAGGGCCAGGCUGAUCUGCUGAAACACGCUCGGGCAGAAGUGCUGGAAAAUCUGAGACAGAUCCACUACGCCGCCCUCACCUGUAACCUGGCCAAGGGAGAAGCAGGACCCUCAUCGGGGUCCGAGUCCAGGGGCCGCCGCAGCCUGGAGGCCAUCCCGGAAAAGGCGAUAAGGGAGGACAACAUCAUGGACGAGGAGAACUGAGGGUGCCAAAGCAUCCCGCCAAAUCCCAUAAAUCCUCUCCCAGGGUCGGCAUGUACCGAGAGCCGCGGGCGGACAAAAACAUUUCAAAAGAUCUCCGCACGACUCCGAGCGAAGCCAAGGCCUCCUCUACUUUGCGUUCCUGUCUCCGUCCCCCAUCCGUGUCUCUCCUCAGUGCUCCCGGUAUCCGAGGUCAGGUGGGUGUCCAUGAGGCUGACCUUCACUCCAGGUCUCUCUACAAGCACAAACUUUGAGUAUUAGGAGGAAAUAGAACUGAAGCCAUGAAUGUAACGAGACGUUGUGUGUGUGAAUGUGUUCGAGGAAAGAAGAAAGCUGUUUACAAUAAAGAACUACUUUGCAUUCUGUCUGCCAAAAUAGUAUGUGUGUGUGUAUAUACAGUAUAAAUGUAUAUGGAGAUCUGUUACCUUUUUUGCUAUGUGAACUUUUAAUGGAUCGGAUUAUUUUGUUAUGAGAAAUGGAUGUUUUAAAGAGCUCUUAUUUUAUUUGCUUGAGAUGUGGAUCUGAUGAGACGGCCCCGGCCCUUUAUGGGCUUUUUAAAAAUGAUUCGUAUAAAUACAGGAGGAUUUGGUUUGAGAGAGAAUCUAGUGUGAGACAUUACCAGCAGCUACUGUACAUGUGAAUAGGUAAGAGUCUCUGGGCUAGUCUUUGGCAAUGUGCACAUUGCAAAGUUUCAUUUAAUUUACAUUUAAUCAUUUAGCAGAUGGUUUUAUCUAAAGCAACUUACAAAUGCAAUUCCUUUAAUUGCCAUUCUGUGUACAUUUAAAAUUUUGAACAUUAUGCAUAAUGUUUCUAAAAAAGAAAGAUGAAAGCCAACAGUUUAACUCCAAGGUCCUAGAUUGUUAAAUAAAAAUGCUCUAAAUUUUUCAAGGUUGCAUUGAUUUACAUCUAGCAAUUAAAAUGUAUUAAAAUUUUAAUCAUUUGAAGGCCCCCCUGAAUUUGAUGUAUUGAGAAAAAUAUAUAUUUUACAAUUUUUAAGUAGAAGUAUGGCAUGCCUAAUAUAUAUAAAUAUAUAAUAUAUAAUAAAAAUGCCAUAAAUGUUUUAAGAUUGCAUUCAUUUACAUGACUUUCCCAGGUCCAGAAAUGUAAAAUUAAUGAAAAUUGAAAUAUGAAGUAACCUUGGACAUUUUGCCAAAGCUGAGAACCAUUGGUUUAACCAACUCAAUGUUUUAUUUUAU